CGCCCGGCGGCUGCGCGCGGGGGGGGGGGGGGCCCGGGGCGGGGGCGGCCCCGCCAUGGCGGCGGCGCUGGACCUGAGGUCGAAGGAGGAGAAGGACGCGGAGCUGGACAAGCGCAUCGAGGCGCUGCGCAAGAAGAACGAGGCCCUCAUCCGGCGCUACCAGGAGAUCGAGGAGGACCGGAGGCGAGCGGAGCAGGAGGGGGUGGCGGUGACGGCGCCGCGGCACCGGCGGCCCCCCGAGCCCGAGCGGCGCCAGGGGCACAAGGAGGGGGGGCUCGGGCCCCCCCCGGCCCCGAGGGAGCGCGGUGCCCGCGGGCGGCGCUCGGGGGGCCGGGGGGGGGCGCUUGGGGGGCCGGGGGGCGACGCUGGCCCCGACCGGAAAUCCCAGGAAUGGGAGGAGCGGCGGCGGCAAAACAUCGAGAGAAUGAACGAGGAGAUGGAGAAAAUCGCCGAGUACGAGCGCAACCAGCGGGACGGGCUGCGGGACCGCAACCCCGUGCGCAGCUUCCUGGACGACCCCCGGCGCCGCGGCCCCGCGCAGGACGAGCGGCACGGGGGCAGCCGCCGGCACGGCCGCAACUGGGGGGGCGCCGACUUCGAGGGCGUCAGGGCCGGCCUGGAGCAGCGCGGCCGCCGCCGCGCCGCCCCCACCAUGACCGGCCGCGAGCGCGCCGAGUACGCGCGCUGGAAGCAGGAGCGCGAGGAGAUCGACCGCCAGCGCCUCGCCCGCCACCGGCAGCCCACCGGGCAGUGGCGCCGCGAGUGGGACGCCGACAAGACCGACGGCAUGUUCAACGACGCGCCCGACGCCGACAUGCACGACGACCGCUGGGAGGAGGAGAAGGAGCCGGCGGCGCAGCCCGGUGGCGCCGAUGGGAAGGGGGCGCAGGAGCUUGAAGCAGCUCCCAGCGGGACCCCCCUGCAGCCCCCCCCCAGCCCUGAGGAGGACGAGGACGAGUGGGAGGACGUCAGCGAGGAGGACGACGAGGAGGACGAGGAUGAGGAGGACGAGGAAGAUGAGGAAGACGAUGAAGGCAGCACCCCCCCAUCACCUGAAACCGCGCUGCAGGACCCCGAGGGCCCCCCCCCCGGCACGGUGGAGAUCACCGACUUCCAGCGGGUGCGUUUCCGUAAGCGCUCGCCCCCCCCGGCCGCCAGCUGA